GCUCCAAUCAGAGGAUGGAGCAGGAGUACGGACAGGAGUCCUUUAAUGUUGGGGUCGGUGACGUCACGGGGUGGUGAGAAAUACGGGACGAGUGGUAAUGACGUUUAGUGCUGGUCCCGUGACGUAAACUGUGGGGGGUCUGAAGAAGCGCCGGUGGGUUACUUCGUCAGAUUUUGAUUUUGAGAGUGUUCAUCAGCAGAACUUGAUUCAUCAUUGAGGAAUGGAGGAAAAAGAAAGAUGUGGUUGAGCGCUUUUCGAGUCAAUCUUGGAGCUAUACCUAUCCCCUUAUUAUGAGUUGCUUUUGAGAAAAGUUCUGGUCCAUCCUUGCUGCAGUUCUACAAACUUUUUGGCCUUUGUUCUAGAGGACUUGGCAUGGGAUAUGAGCGCAAAAUAUCCAACUAGGGACAUUACUGCCAAGAUUUACAGUCCUCUUUAGCUUUCCUAUACCCAGAGCUCGUCUCUGACACUACACCAUGAGCUGUGUUCCAUGGAAAGGGGACAAGGCAAAAUCUGGACUGGAGCCUCAAGAAUCUCUUCCUCCACAAAUCUACCACGAGAAACAGCGUCGGGAACUCUGUGCCCUGCAUGCCUUGAACAAUGUCUUCCAGGAUGCUGGAGCAUUCACUCGAGAAACCUUACAGGAGAUAUUUCAAAGGUUGUCCCCCAACACUUUGGUGACACCUCACAAGAAGAAUGUGUUGGGAAACGGGAACUAUGAUGUCAAUGUUAUUAUGGCAGCACUUCAGACCAAGGGAUAUGAAGCUGUGUGGUGGGACAAAAGGAGGGAUGUCAAUUUGAUAUCUCUCUCUAAUGUUACUGGGUUUAUAAUGAACCUUCCAUCGAGUCUGUCUUGGGGACCCCUUAAGCUUCCACUCAAAAGGCAGCACUGGAUAUGUGUACGUGAGGUAGGAGGCAACUACUACAACCUGGACUCCAAACUGAAGAGGCCAGAGUGGAUUGGGAGUGAAGAUGAUCUAAGGAAAUUUUUGAGAUAUCACUUAAGAGGCAAAAACUGUGAGCUGCUUUUAGUGGUACCGGAGGAGGUUGAAGUUCAUCAGCGCUGGAGGACUGAUCUAUAAUUAACCAAACCAUGAACAUUUUUUUUCUUUCUUUUUUUUUUUUUGUUUUCAUUCACUACGAUGAUUUAAAUGGUAUUGACAAUCUCUGUAUCUCCCACCUUUCUCCUCUGGAAAAAUGUCAGGUGAAGUAGACGAAAACGCUUUUAUUGUUUUUGUUCUGGUGGUGCAAUAUGGAGGAGCAGGCUGGGGGAUUUCUGAAUGAGUAUCCGGAUGCUGCAGGGGGUGCUUCAUCUCAGCGUGAUAUCAAGAAGCAGCACAUGAAUGGAGACCUGAAGGUUCUACAGCAGAGUUGUGCAACUUUUUACAUGUAGCUGCCUGAUUAUUUGUCACACCAUAUUGGAUGAGGUGCAGAUAAUACUAUAUUGAUGUUACCACACAAAGAAGUCUGAGGAAUUCCUGAGCAGACUGGAGGGCCAUAAAAAUCCCUUGGAGGGGCCGGAAGUGAAGAUGGCUGUGGAUGGAGAUUUAAAAAAGGGCAGACUGGUGCUGCAGUGGGAAUAUUUGCUUGGCAACACUAGUCCUCAUGUUCUCGCUAUUAUUUCAUACUAAUGGAGUCUGUCCUGUCGGAGAUGGUAACUGUUGCUUUCCCAGUGAGGUUAAUACAACUUUUUAUGCAUUAAAAACAUGGAAAUCCUGAUUUAACAAACGGAGCCAUUCCUCAGCCCUUAAAAUGCUGUCAUUGUGCGACAAACUAUAGCCAUAUAACUAUAGAAAUAGUAAUUUUAUAAAUUGUACCCUCAUUUUCAGAAAAGCAGCUGUUUUACAGAGGCAAAGUGAUAGGGUGUGUUUAUUUCCCCUUUAAAGAAGAGCUAAGAAUCUAAUGAGUAAUCUGUGCAUCUGCGGAAAUAAAAAGCAAUUCGCUAA